UCUCGAGAAGAGUUCUCUCUUGCUGGGGCAUUCGAGAAAGCAGCUCCGAUAUUCGUAAACAUAUACAGCCUUAUUAAUAAUAAACACGAUAACAGCAUGUUAUCUAAUGGUUACUAAGAGCAUACUUACAGUAUGCUAAGCAAAUCAUAUUAAUAAUUGAAUACUUAGAAACAUGUAACAAACAACAUGUUUUUGUACAAUAAACAUGACAACAACGUAAAAUACGUAAACGGCUAUAUUCGCUCAUAUUUCUCUUUAUAAAAUUUAUUUGAUGUUCUGUCACGUUCUGUGAUAUAAGAUAUACGUCUGUGCUCUGUAUUGGUAAUGUUCGAUGUUCUGUUGUGUUGUGAUUCUAACCUUUAAUUUUAUUAAGGGAAAUUCGGAGAUUUUUGUUAUCCUGAAUAUCUGUUUUAUUAUCACUAUGGAUAAGGUAAGAGGAAGUCCCAUUUGCGCACCACUGUCAUGGUUAAAAUUCGUAUUAAUUUUAAUUUGGUUACAGAAACGUCCAAGAUCUGUGAAUUGGGAAGAAAAAGAAAAACUUGUACUGCUAGACGGAGUUAAAGACAACAUAAAAGUAUUAGAAUGUAAAAGGAAGUUAACAACAGCUAAUAGAGACAAAGCAGCAGCCUGGAAUAUCAUAAAAAGAAAAUUAGAAGUUCAAGGCUACUUCAGAGAUAUCCCCAAAAUCAAACAGGAAUGGCAACGACUAAAGGUACAAGCAAAGAAAAAUAUUUGUUCUUAUAAAAAAGAUAAACUUAAAACUGGUGGUGGUCCAGCUCCUAAUGAACCAACAGAACUGGAUUGGAUUAUAUAUGACCUAAUCCCUUAUGAAUUUCAAGAAGACACAAGUGCUUACGAUUGUGACCAAAAUAAAACAGAGGAAAAUGUCUCUCAAAACGUGGUUAGUCAAAUUCAAGAUAAUUUAGAAUCUGUACAAGACGAUAUUAUAUUAGAAUUUCAAGAUGAGCAAGGCGAGUGCAUAACAACCGAAAGUUUAAUUGUGGAGAAAAUCGUCGAAAAAAGUGUGAUUGAAAUUGAUAAAACUGUCGAAAAAACUACAGAAGCAGCUACAACACCAUCAAAGCCCCCAAAGACAAGAAAACAGAAACUGAACCAUAUGACUGAAUAUGAAAAUAAAUUAUAUGAUCUCAAUAAGAAAAGAAUAGAGCUACAAAUGCAACAGUUGGAGGAAAUGCACAAGUUGAGAAUGAAAAAUGAAAAGGAAUAUCAUCAGAGACGUUUAGAAUUACUGGAAAUAAACAAGUAUUACCGCUUUUUUUAAAUAGUUUUUAAUAAUAAUUUUGUAACUAUUUUCUCUUGUA